AUGCCAUUCGACGUCUACUUCCUGCGCGACGACUACUCCUCCAUCAUGACAGCGAAGCGGCAAGACCUUCUGAGACUUCUGGCAGCUGCACAAGCCACUGCAUCCGAGCUCCAAGACGAUCUCGCACAAGAUCCAUUAUUCCGACUAGCAGCUACCGAGGCGUCAUCCCACCUCACACGUACGCUACAAACCACCAUCGACCGUGCAUGGGAACUCUUUUUGAGGCCAGCACACCCCACAACAUUGCUAGUUACUCUCGAUGCCGGUUGGAUUCAAUAUAUCAAUGCCAACUACGAGGAUGGUACCAAAUCGGGUAUCAUGGCUGACCAGCUUGCGCAACACACGUCGUCAGAUCCCGAGCUUGUGAAGCGGCUCAUGAGAGUAUUGACCGCUAACGGAACAAUCCGCGAAGUUGGAAUCAACGAGUACGCGCCCACGCCGUUCAGCAAGCUCUUCGAUAAUCAGUCAUGGGCUGAUGGAUUGCGCCAUGCGGUGCGCGAUUAUUCCAUUACCAUGUCGGGAAUGCCGGAUUACUUCGCAAAGAGUCAAUACCAACUUGAGAACACUGGAAAGAAGAUCUACCAGCACGUCCAUGGGACUACAUUCUUUGAUCGAGUUCACGCAGGCGGUGAAGUAGGGUCUCAGUUCAACAGCUUCAUGCGCGUUGUACGAGACGGUAAAAAGUCUUGGUUCGAUGUUUAUCCAAUCGGAGAGCGAUUGCAACCCAUUUCUAAAAAGGAGGUUCUGCUAGUGGAUGUGGGAGGUGGGAGAGGGCACGAUCUUUACCAGUUUUCACGGUGGCAGAAGGACCAACAGUUUAAAGGUCGACUAGUCCUACAGGAUGCGCCAACGGUCAUCGCACAAGUACGUCCAGAACAAUCUGUUGACAUGGAGGUUCAGGAAUACGACUUCUUCACCCCGCAAAAAAUGCUGGGUGCCCGCGCAUACUUUCUCAAGAACGUCUUGCAUGACUGGCCAAACGAUAAGUGUAUCGACAUCCUCAUCCAGGUCCGCGAUGCUAUGAAACCUGGGUAUUCGCGAUUGCUCAUCAACGAGAUUGUUCUGCCCGAUGAGAAAUGCGAUUCUUGGACUGCGGCCUAUGACAUCGCAAUGAUGGCUGUAGUCGAUGGUAAGGAGAGGUCAAGGGAACAGUGGGGAGAUUUGAUCGAUGCCGCUGGGGGCUUGAAGAUUGAGAAAAUCUGGCGCCUGGGACUGAACAAUGAAAGCAUCAUUGAAGUCGCCAGGGCGUAA